AGGAGAUGGGGAAGACAUCACUGCCUCCCCAACCACCACCAUCGCCAAAGGAAACACUUAAUCUCAAGGAAAAUCACCACGAAUUCCUCAGGAAUUAAGCACGAAGUACGCCGUCUUUUAACAAACAUUUCAACCUCGUUGUUUUGGAUUUUCCGAUGUCUUUGACUUUAUAAAACCGACCAAUCGCAGGUAGCGACACAACCAGGCUGCCCUAUAUUGCGACUCUUAUUUAUUUAUUUUUGCGUGUUUACAACGCCUUUUCCAAACAUCGUUUAUUUUGAGAUUCCGAGAUUUUUUUAUCAAGUCGAAAAUAAUUGAGGUUAUCGAAGAGAAUGCAUUGGCAGGCUUUAGGGCGGACAGAGACCGAGCCAAGAGAGGAACGAUAAAAGCGCGGACAUUGUGAUCCCUGAUAAUACAGAAGAGAUGCUGCACGAGGAUUAUUUUAAACCUCUGUGCUGAUGUGAGGAACACAAGAGGAGGAACCAAUGCGAUCCUGCUUCUAUAAAUCGUGAAAUUAUACGAAUUUAUGUUGCAUGGAUGCGAAAUUAAUGUCGGCGGUUACGUUUUAAUGCGCGAGGAGAGAGAGAAAAUGCACCGUUCUGCUCGUGCCUGGAUGAGGAAUGCUGCGAUCAAUUGAAAGCGAUUGACAUCCCAUGUGCCUCAUACGACCGACAAGAUAACAGAUGGUGCAUCCGCUGUCAUAUUAAACUCCUGGCAUUUUUUUGGGCGUAUUACCGGUGACUUUUUGUACAGAAUGGGGAGCGACAGUGAAGUAUUGAACCGGGAGCUGUCUAAGAUGUCUGAUGAGGACUUGCUGGCGUGCUCGAAGGAGGAACUCGUGAACCGACUGCGCAGGGAAGAAUCAGAAAAGAUGUCAGCUCUGAUUCAGCGCGGUCGAUUGAUCAAAGAGGUCAAUAAACAACUGCAGGGACAUCUGCUCGAAAUCAGGGAACUCAAAACCAUCAACCAGCGGCUUCAAGAGGAGAACCAAGAACUGAGAGAUUUGUGCUGCUUUUUGGACGACGACCGCCUGAAAGUGAAGAAGCUCGCGCGAGAGUGGCAACUCUUCGGCAAUCACGCGGCCAAAGUGAUGCGAGAGGACCUCGGCGGAUACCUCAAGAAACUCGCCGAUCUGGAGCGGAUGCAAGACGGCCUGGUGAAGGAGAAUCUGGAUCUGAAGGAACUGUGUUUGGUGCUCGAGGAAGAGUGCGUGAGCAGAAGUGAUUCCAGCCCGGGUGGCUCUACGGAUCUCAACAUACCGUGUAUGGUUUCCCGAGACUUGGGUGAUGGGAGCUCGAGCACUGGGAGUGUGGGAAGUCCAGACCAACUGCACUUGGUGUGUUCACCGGACUGAGGGAGUGGAGCACAGCCAUACCACUUUAACCUUCUCUUUUUAUGCUGAAACUGACUGUACGUCUGCAAACUCAGAGAGGCGAAGUAGUUUACAUUUUCUGAAACGGCAUCUCAGCUAUUUCAGUGGAAAUAGACAUGACGUAGGCUAGUUUACUCAUGGCCUUUUGAUGCCAUACGUUUCAUCAAUUGCAUUUUAUAGUUGGUCACCUUUACAGCAAAAUGUCCUUAGGUUGGCAAGCAGAACGAAAGUAGUUUUAAGCUUCACACUUUCACAGAAAUCUGCAAUUUGAUAGACUAAUUAAUACAUAUACUGUACAUUAUGACCCGGUUUCACUGACAAGGCGGCUAGUCCCAGACUAAACUUAACGUUUGACCUGUCAUAACUGAAUAUAGCUCGCCCAGAAAUAUCUUAAGAUAUGUUAGUGCCAUAGUUUUUGUCUAAGGCAUUUUUGUAAAAGCAAAUUAAAUAUCUUAAUUCAACUAAGGCAUAGUCCAGGCAUAAACUCUGUGAAACUGGGCCUAAAUGUAUAUGUAUGUAUUUUAACAGUAUUGCUUGCCAAAUAGGAUUUCUUGACCUAAUCAAUGCCAUUUAUAAUAUAAGUACCAUUAUUUGAAUGUAUGUUUAUUGCUGGAAGAGUUUCACUCAUCUCUUAUAGGCUGUAGGAAAAUAGGUUUCAAGGUUAACAUUUUAAACAACAUUGGGAGAAACUAACCAUACUGCUAACUUUAACCAGGUUUAACUGUGCACUGAUCUGUUCACGGGCUGAUGUUUCUCCUAAUGAUGCACUACGACAGGGCUGAAAUAAAUCCUGAAUCUUUAAAGAUUCACAUUUUUAAACCGAUUAGAGCCAUAUAUACUAUGUAGUGGUCUGUUUAAGAUCAUUUACUAAAGCACUGAAUCAUUUUCAGCGAUGCAGAAGUAUCAAAGGAUUGUGCAAAGCCUCUAUUGCAAGCAGAUCAGAUUGAUUUUUGUGUAUUAAGAUGUAAAUGAUGGCUGUAUUUUGGAGGCCCGACAGUGAUUCACUGGAAAUGCACGUUAUUAACACUUUUUUACUGUAUGGAUUUUUUUUUGUUUGUUUGUUUUGAACUGGACAAUUUAAUUGACUAGAUGUAGUGAUGUGUGCUCCACUUAACAAAACAUUUCGCGUUAACCCUACCUUAUGGCAUAACACAGCUGUACUGUACAAAGCUUUUUGUGUUGAACUGUUACUUUUAACAUCUUUACAUGACACACCGAUGUUGGGACAGGACAACAUUGACACAUAUGUAAUUAGUUUUAAAAUAUUGUGAUAGGUAUUGCUAUUAUAGUCAACUUUUGUUGGAUUUCUUGUAUUUGUUGCAUACUACAAAACCCCUUCUACAUAAGAUUCCUCUGUUGUAUAUGUUUAAAUCAUAUCAUGACCAGUAUUAUUUCAAUGACUUCAGAUUCUAAUGGUUUAGACCAGACCCAGUUCUCUGAUUUACUAGCCUUUGCUUUGUUUAAGGCUAUGCUCGGAAUGAAGGACAUAGCUUUAAAUACACUUGACUGAGACACCAA